ACUACUAUCCAUGUUUCCAAACAAUACUAUUUUUUAACUACUAUCCAUAUUACCAAACAAUCUCAAUGUGUACUUCAACUUUAAUAAUAUAGAUAACUAGUAUACUAACUAUCAAAAUGUUAUGUGCGCUUUACUAAUUACAUUUUUAUAUAGUGGUGGAUCUAAAAAUUAUUUACUGGGGCAGCAUAUACUUUGAAUCUAAAACUCUCUUGUUUACACAUACAAUCGAAUAAUUAAUAUAAUACUAGUUCGAAUAAAAGUUUUGCGACGUUUUAUGUCUCGCAGCAUACAUCUAUAUAUUUAGAUCACAUCAUAUGUCUCAGAAAUUUGGAUCACUAGUUAGUAGUUACACAUUUAAAACAAUUACUAUUGAUAACUACAAAUGUCACAGUUGAAAUACUCAUUUAAUAUGCCAUGAGAGUCGACACAAAUUGAUCUAAUAUUUAUUCUUGGAUACUUUUUGGAUUCAGAUUUGGCAUCUGGUUAGCUGAAUAACUAGACGACCGAUUUGGCUUCUGCCUAGCGGCAGCAUAACUAUUCGUAACUGUACCAUUCAACCAAAUAAUGAGUAGGAUACGGGUAGAAUCUUUCACAUGUAACAAGUUUUUCUCAUGUGACAAGAAACUGACGAAAGGAACAAACUUUCCCACGUGGUUCGAUUCUUAGGGCUUCUCGUAUGAUUAGGGCUUUUGGGACAAGUUGUGAAGAAAUAUAUCUUCUCAUCAGAUGGAUUUACACCACGUGGUUAUGCUUAAAUUCCCUUCAAAACCCUAAAACUAAAAAGCCUUGGACUUGGAGCGUUCGUUUAAUUUUAGUUUCAGUUAUACUAACAAUAUAAAGAGUUAAAUAGUCACUGUAGGUUAUGAGAUAAUAUAUAGGGGCAUGAUAUUUUUGAAGGUAACUAUUUUUUUAGAUUUUAUAAGAAAAUUGUGUCACAUAGGUGAUAGGCCCAUGCGUAUAUAGGAUAUUAGUUGUCUUGAAAGUUUUACACACUCAGAUCUGAUCAGUUAGAAAAUUUUAGCAUGAUAAUUUCUAUUAAUCAGUAUGGUAAUUUCUAUUAAUCAGUAGUAUCAAUAAAUAUUGAUGGAGAUUCUUCUUCUGGAAUCUAACAUUGUAAUGAUAGCUUUAUUAUAUCUAUUCAUAGUGGUAGCUUGCAGUUGCAGCAGAAUCUAUUGAAAAGUAUUGUAUUGACCAUUUUGUGGGUUAAUUAAUUGUAACGUAUAAUCUUGGAUUCGAUAUGAAAAGAAAUUAAUAAUUUGUUCUUAUUUUAAUAGGCAACAUAUGGUUUGUGGCCCAAUGAGAGCUUACCAUUCACCAAUCCAAACCAAAACUUGUAUUAGUUAGUAUACAUACCAAAAUAUAAUCAACUGCAGCGAAAAGAAGAUUAAUUGAUGAAACGACUGUCAUUUAUGCCUUAGCUCCGACCAGUAUAUUCUAGUAAUCAACAAAUGAACUAGAAAUACCAUUUUUAGUAUGUAGAAAUAUAAAUUGUAAAAGUGUGGAAUAACCUAUAAUAAUUUAAUUUCACUAUCAAAUGGGCAAUGGACAAGAGGCGAAGUGGGACCAAAAUGACACUUUUGGGAUCCCAGCCUUUGCUUAUGCUUCACUUCUAUGCUUCGUUUCAACAACACACAAAAGCAAAAUAAAAUAAAAUAUACAUGUCUAUAUAACUAAACGAUUUUUUUCCUGCUUCCUCUCUAUUUACUUAUCUUUUAAUUCUUUAUUGCAGUUCAUUAGUAUAUGAUCUUUUGCACACCAAAUCGUUGCCCCAAAGUCCCUAACACCAGCCGCAGAACCAUCCGAUAUUAGAUGAACUUACCAAAACACAAACUAUAUUAUAAGUAUAACUGACCUAAUAUGUAUUUUAAAAUAUUAUCCGGUUAGUUGGUUAAUUAAUUAAAUGAUUACACGAUAUUGAUAUAGUUAACAUGGACUAUUUUUCUUCAUUAUAUAUAUAUAUUUUAUUUUUUUUGUCUUUGGUGGACCAAAAAACUAAUUUAUUGUUUUUACAGAAUUCAACAAUAAGUAAAUUAUUAAGCACUUAGUCAAAAAAAAUAAUAAGUAAAUAAAUAUCUAAAGAAAAUUAUGUGCGGAGGGUUUUGCCUCAGUCGUUGAAAAUUGGGAGACAUUUUGACACCUGACCUUUUUUUAGCUUCAAAAUUAUAGGGAAUCAAACUCAUAUUAACCGAAAAUAUUAGAUGAUAAUGUCAACGUUAUAUUCAUUUAGAUAUGUUAGAAAACUAUGCAAAUUAAUAAUCAAACUAAAUUGAUCACGGGUAGAUGUUAGACAAUUCUAAAAGGAAAGUAUGCAAGAAAAGAUGUCGACGGAAUUCAAUAAGUUGCUCAAGUUAUUGUAAGGAAAUGCCCGCAUCCUGGUUGGAAGUUAAAGUAUACCCAUGUGUUGUGUUCAAAUUCAUAUAUUGUGGGGUAUAGUACUAUAAGAACUACCGAGCCUCUAAAAGUAUGUGAAUACCAUAUACAGCAUUUUUUUUAAAAAAAACUGAAGCAAGGACAAGUUUCCAUGGUUAUACAUUACAAGUUUUAGAUUUUUUUUUUUUUUUUGCAACCUCAAAUAGUUACAUUAGUUGUUAUCCAUGAUGACUUUUAGUUAUGACUUGACCACGCUAUGGAAACUCGAACUAGCUAGCACAAUUCGUUUGUGUUAUAGGAAAAACGUAUAUUUUAUUUUAGUUACACAGAUUUAACUUUUAAUUGGACCACGUAAACAAAAUGUAAACAAAAUGUAAGCGACGUUCAUACCAAAAACGACGGCAAGAAAACAAAAUUUAAAAAUUAAGGUGUUGUAAAAAUAAUUAAGGAAAGUUAAGAGAACGGGAAAUGGGAUGGGACCCACAUAGACCAACCGGCCUGCAACAGCAAAUCGUGAGACUAAUGAUAGAGGGCUCGCUCACGCCGGACCAGCAGCCGCCACGUCAGCACAUCAUUCCGUUUUCCCUUUGUGGGUCCCGGUUUCCACUUACAUCCGUCAGCUGUUUUUACAAAAUUUGAUUUUUUUUCAUUUUCCUAUAUAGAUCGGUCAUUGAGUCUUCGGCUCUGAGCUGAGCAAUAGUUUUACUUAAUUGUUUAAAUGAUGACCAACAAAACUACACCAAACAAACCCUAAGACUGUAAUGUACUUUUAUCCUUGAGAAUAAUUCUCACAUUUUCUUUCUUAAUCAUAACAGUAAGAGGAUGAAGAUAGCAUAACACUAAUCAAACUAAUUUCAAUUUACAAGAGAUAGAAAUGCAGGUUAACAUGGAAAAAUAAAAAUAGAUAGAAAUGGAUUAAAACUCAAUUUUGGGACGAUAAACAAUUUAAUAUAAAUAAUAUUUUUAAUUAAUUAAAAUCAUGCGUUUAUAUAUAUUAACUAUUAAAAUUUUGAGAACCUAAUUAGUGUUAAUGUUACACUUGAUUAUGCAUAAAACAGACUCAUCCAAAUGAUGAAAAUAUUCAAGAUUGUAUACAAAAACAUAUGUAAUAAUUACUUUUCAAAAGUAUCAUACAAAUUUAGUUUGCAGGUUAUCUUCAUGAAGAAUACAUACACUUUCAUAAUAUUUUUGGGAUGUCUCCACGUUUGGUUUCGUCGGAAUGAUUAUGCGAGUGCAAAUUCUUACAUGCAUUUAGUGUAGAUACAUAUUUUUAUAUUAUGUGAAUUUUGAAAAAAUAAUAAUAAUAUCAUAGAAAAAACUAAGUAUCCUUUUGUGAUGUUUUGUUUAUGUUAUUGAUUUGACAUAGAAUAAACUAAACUAAAUAUCAUAGAAAAACUAAAUAUCUUAGUGAAGGUUAAUUUUCCAAGAUUUACUUUUGGAAAACUUUGGUUCCAAUUUUUGUUUACCAAAAGAAUAUAUAUAUUUGUGAUCAGAAAUAAUUACUUUCACAUUUAAUGAAAAAACCUAUUAUAAUUUAAAGAGUUUUUUUUGUUCCUAGGACUAAAUUACUGAAUCACAUUGCAUAACGUAGAUAUAUUUAAUAUUUCAAUUUUAAGAAAAAAAAUUAGAAAAUAAAAAAUUCAACUUGAUCCUUAAAAGAAAAUUGUUAAUUCACAUUAUAAUGGAUACACUAUGUUUUGAAUGAAUUAGUCGUAUAUAUUCAAAUUUUGAUUGCAUAAUUAAGCUUAUAUGAAGUAGCUAGUGGAUAACUUAUAACAUUUUUUUCGACAUUUAUGAAAUAAAACAAAUUAAAGAAAUAUCCAGAUAUUUACUCAAAAAAAUAUUAUGAUAGUCUUUAGGAUUUAGUGUUUUGUGCAGAAACGUUCAAGUAAUUACCGUUUCUAUAGAAAAAAAAGAAAAAAAUAUCUGAAAAUUAUGGAUGUAUAGAUAUUUCGACAAAACACAUACUAUUAAGCCAAUAUUUGAGAUACUUUUAGUAUGGAUAUAAGACAUUUUUGGACAUAAAAAGUGACCUAACUGAAACUAAUAAAAUAAGCUAAAUGUAAAGGGACAAACAAAAGAAAGAACCUUAAUAGCGAUGACCAAGCAUAUCCAUCAAGAGCUGGUGGGUGGUAAUGGAUGUUGCCACCUCUCUCUCUCUCUCUCUCUCUCUCUCUCUCUCUCUCUCUCUCUCUCUCUCUCUCUCUCUCUCUCUCUCUCUCUCUCUCUCUCUCUCUCUCUCUCUCUCUCUCUCUCUCUCUCUCUCUCUCUCUCUAAAUACUACUUCGCCCCCUUAUCCUUCUCUCUCUACUCCCGAAGCUUUUGCAACAAAUUAAGCCCCGCUCUGUCUUUCUCUCUCUAGGUGCAAGAAGACUCAGAGAGAAAAGAAAAGUAUGAUUGAUAGGGAAAGAGAGAGAUAAAGAAACUAAAAUAUAAUAGAUUAUUAGGACACGGUUGUCAUCUUCUUUUUUGUGUCUUUUGUGCGCUCUUCAUCGAUUGAUCUUCUUUAUAUUAAACCCUACUCUCUUUCUCCUUUUCCCAUUCUUUCUUUCUCUCUCGGGAUCUGAUAUCUACUUCCGGUAACCUAUUCCAGAGAAGCACUGUCAAAUCUUGUCCCCUCUUCUUUCAGGGACCCUUCUCUCUCCCUAGUCUUGUGUUGAAGUGUUCAAACUUCUGAUGAGAAGCAUACAGUAGCCAAAACACACAAAAUUUCGUUUCAGCUGAAUAAUCGUCUAUCUAGAGUUUCUUCAGGUUAUUAAUUAAUUACGAAGUCGAAAGUAUGAAUUCAUUUUCACACGUUCCUCCGGGUUUUAGAUUUCACCCAACAGACGAAGAACUUGUAGACUACUACCUGAGGAAAAAAGUUGCAUCCAAGAGAAUAGAAAUCGAUUUCAUAAAGGACAUUGAUCUUUACAAGAUUGAGCCAUGGGAUCUUCAAGAGUUGUGCAAAAUUGGUCAUGAGGAGCAAAGUGACUGGUACUUCUUUAGCCAUAAAGACAAAAAGUAUCCCACGGGGACUCGAACCAACAGAGCAACUAAAGCAGGGUUUUGGAAAGCCACUGGAAGAGAUAAGGCUAUAUACUUGAGGCAUAGUCUUAUUGGUAUGAGAAAAACACUUGUAUUUUACAAAGGAAGAGCCCCAAAUGGACAAAAAUCUGAUUGGAUCAUGCAUGAAUACCGCUUAGAAACCGAUGAAAAUGGAACUCCUCAUGAAGAAGGCUGGGUUGUGUGUAGGGUUUUCAAGAAGAGAUUGGCUGCAGUGAGACGAAUGGGAGAUUACGACUCAUCGCCUUCACAUUGGUAUGACGACCAGCUCUCUUUUAUGGCAUCUGAGCUCGAGACAAACGGUCCACGGCGGAUUCUCUCCAAUCAUCAUCAUCAGCACCAGCAUCAGUACCAACAGCAUUUACCAUAUGGAUUCAAUGCACCUGCUUACGCUCUCAACAACCCUAACUUGCCAUGCAAGCAAGAGCUACAAUACAACCACCUGGUACAACAACAUCAUUUUCUUCAUGAAUCUCCUUUAUCAUUCCUCCAACUUCCUCAGCUUGAAAGCCCUAAGAUCCAACAAGAUAAUAGUAAUUGCAUCUCAAGCAACCACGAUAAUAACUCGAGCCGUAUUGCUAACUUGCAGCAGUCUAAUCUCGCGCAUGAGGAACAACUGAAUCAAGGGAAUCAGAUUUUCAGCUCUCCAUACAUGAAUAGCGGGAACGAGCAAGCGAUGGACCAGGUUACGGACUGGAGAGUUCUUGAUAAAUUCGUCGCUUCUCAGCUAAGCAACGAAGAGGCCGCCACAGCUUCUGGUUCUCAACAGAACAAUGCCAAUGACACAAGCAACAUGGAGUACCAAGUUGAUGAAGAAAAAGAUCAGGAAAGAGUUUCCGACAUGGGAGAAGAAUAUGCUGCUUCUACUUCUUCGAGUUGUCAGAUUGACCUAUGGAAGUGAGCAGAAAUUAAUAUAUCAUAUAAAUGCAUAUAUCCACAUAUAUAUACGUACACACGAACACUAAUUAAGUGUAGAUGAUGAUGACGGUACAUAAUUAUAUUUGCUUUGAUUGAUUCUUAAUUACUACAUUAUUGAACUUAUGUUAUAUGCAUAUAUAUUUGUACUUGAUAAGAUUAACCAUAUAAAUUAUAAUCUAAAUGUAACUCCCAUAUGUUUUUUGAAAAAGAGACAAUUAUCUCUUCUUAUCAUUUUAGUUUUUAAAUAAUCUGCUAGUUAAAUAUAUAUAUACACACAUAUACACCCACAAAAAGAGCUAUUUCAAUUUUAUUUGCCUCGGCUUCUCGCUGUACUAUAAUCACAUAAUCACAUCUCAGUUUGUUCUUUAGAAUUCAAGAUUAUUGAAUUUGGUAUUCUGAAAAAUUAUGCCUUAAUUAUGUUUGUAUAUAAUUUGAACAUGUACAACAAUAGCAGCAUAAAGACAUUAAUCUACGCAAGUCACAGGUAUAUACAGAAAAUUCAGAAGAGUACUCAAAUGACACAUGCAUGUAGUCUGCCACUUACCAGAGUUGUGUUCAUAGGGAUAAUAAUUCCAAGGAAGCUUGAUGGGUAUGUACAACCAUAAAUAGUGAGUGCAUGUAAGGAAGAUGGAGAAGAAUGUGGUUUUAAGGAGAUACAAAAAAAAUAUUUACAUAUUGGCUCGAGUCAAGAUUAUGUUAUAUAGAGACAGGCAGUGGAGAAAGAAGGAAUGCUUUUAUUUUUGUUUCUUCUGGUCUCAAAAGAAGAAGUUGAAGCAUUUACUUUUUUUAUUUAUUUAUCUCAUGAAGAAUUUAACAAUUAUUAUGUUUUUUCAAGGUUGACACAAAAGGAAACCGUAUAUUACAAUUUACUUCGUGUAGUACAUUUUCACUGCAAUUAAAUGAAUUUAUGAAUUUAUGACUAA